AUGUCCCUGAUAUCAAGCAACACCCUCCUCCUCCUUUCCUUGCUAUCAGUUUUCUUCAGUCGUUCCCUUGCGUAUGAGGGCCGCAAUCCUGAAGUUGAAGCUUUGAUUGCUAUAAGGGAUGCUUUAAAUGAUCCUCAUGGAGUUCUUGGCAAUUGGGAUGAAAACUCAGUGGAUCCCUGUAGCUGGUCUAUGAUCACUUGCAACUCUGAUAAUGUCGUCACUGCCCUAGGAGCUCCUAGCCAAGGUUUAUCAGGUUCUUUAUCUUGGAUGAUAGCAAACCUUACGAACCUAAGACAAGUAUUGUUGCAAAAUAACAAUAUUUCUGGGCAUAUUCCCAAUGAGCUUGGAAAUCUUCCAAAACUUCAUACACUAGAUCUCUCCAAUAACAAGUUUUUUGGUCAUAUACCUGAGUCUUUUGGUUUCUUGAAUUGUCUUCAAUAUCUGAGAUUGAACAAUAAUAGUUUCAGUGGGGCUAUUCCUCUGUCUUUAGCCAGGCUACCUCAACUUACUUUCUUGGAUUUGUCCUACAACAAUCUCAGUGGACCUCUUCCCAGCUUUCCUACCAAAACAUUUAUUGUUUUGGGUAAUCCACUAAUUUGUGGAAGCCACUCUAAUGAAAAUUGUUCUGCAUUAAUCCCGGCCGACCCUCUUUCUUUCUCCAUAAAUUCCUCUUCGGGAAAAAACAAAUCCAAGAAACUAGCAAUUGCACUCGGAGUCAGCCUUAGUGUUGUCUCCGUUUUACUAUUAGCAUUAGGAUAUCUGGUCUGGAGACGAAACAACAAGAUAAAGCAGUCUAUUCUAUACAUUACUGAUAUGCAAGAAGAGGACCUAGUAAAGUUAGGCAACCUUAGAGGCUUCACAUUCAGGGAGCUACAAAAUGCAACGGAUAAUUUCAGCUCCAAGAAUAUACUUGGUUCCGGGGGGUUUGGAAAUGUUUACUGGGGGAAGUUGGGGGACGGCACGUUGGUGGCAGUGAAGCGACUGAAGGAUGUGACGGGAACUACUGGGGAAUCACAAUUUAGAACUGAACUGGAACUGAUCAGCCUAGCAGUUCACCGGAAUUUGCUCCGCAUUGUUGGAUAUUGUGCCACACCGAAUGAGAGACUUCUAGUGUAUCCUUAUAUGUCUAACGGCAGUGUGGCAUCAAGGCUUAGAGGUAAACCAGCUCUCGACUGGAACACAAGGAAGAGAAUUGCGAUUGGAGCUGCAAGGGGUCUACUAUAUCUGCAUGAGCAAUGUGAUCCUAAGAUAAUUCAUCGAGACGUUAAAGCAGCAAAUGUCCUCUUGGAUGACUACUGUGAGGCCAUUGUUGGUGACUUUGGCCUUGCAAAGCUCCUUGAUCAUGCUGAAUCCCACGUCACAACUGCUGUUCGCGGUACUGUUGGACAUAUUGCGCCAGAAUAUCUCUCGACUGGCCAAUCAUCUGAGAAAACUGAUGUCUUCGGAUUUGGUAUUCUUUUAUUAGAGCUUAUAACUGGAAUGAGAGCUCUGGAGUUUGGGAAGUCAGUAAACCAGAAAGGAGCGUUACUGGAAUGGGUUAAGAAGAUACAUCAAGAGAAGAAAAUCGAAUUGUUGGUGGAUAGGGAGUUGGGGAUCAAUUAUGACAGGAUUGAGGUGGGUGAGAUGCUGCAGGUGGCUCUACUUUGUACUCAAUACCUACCGGCCCAUCGUCCCAAAAUGUCCGAGGUGGUCCGAAUGCUGGAAGGCGAUGGUCUUGCAGAAAAAUGGGCAGCCUCCCAUAACUAUAUCGAUACCAGUACCAGUUUUUCCCGGGAAAAUAGCAAGUCACGCCCUACCAUGGCCUUUGGACAUGAUGACAAUGAUCAUGACCAUUCAAGCAUGUUUGGGAUAACAAUGUCCAUGGAUGAUGAAUAUGAUGCACAUUGCAUGGAACUUUCUGGUCCAAGAUAA